UAGUCAUUGUAAUUACUGUCACAGUGGUUCAGAUGUGGAAAAUGUCAAGCCACCAGUUGGACAGAUUUUUAGCAGCAGCUGUGCAUUUCCGUGGGCAUUAUUGGAACUAAUUGACAACAAAUUAAUAGAUUAUAAGCCCCUCCUCCUCCAGGAAGACAUUGAGAUUGGUCUCAGUGACUGUAGUUUGGUUUAGAUUGACAUGGGAUUCAGGGAACUUUGGUCCAGGAUGAGCGAACUGGGACACAGGCACCAAGGGCCACAGAUAUUCCACAGCCAAAAUGGCCGACAUGGAUUCCUUGCCGACUAGAUCGAGUGCAAGACUUAGGCAAAGACGUCAGAGAGCUGCAGCAGGAGACUCGGACGUAACAGACAAGAAAGAACAACUAAAAUCCCCCGUGCCAAAGAUGAUGGAAGUGAACAUUCAUGAUGAUAAUAUUGAUGUUACGUCCCCACACCAUCGCCUUCUUCACGAGGAUGGCGAGCAGCAGAGGACGUCGGAUGGAGAGGCGAAUGGUGGCACCAGCAUAAGAACCGCCCCUGAACUCAGUGAUACUGAAACAGUACUUAAUGAACAAGAAUUAAAGAAAGGACUUCUGGGUAAAGACUCUGACGAUGAUCUCCAUGAAAAAAAAUUGACUGGGAAAGAAGAGACAGAGUUCACAAUUCUUCUUCAAGUGUUGCUGCCCUAUAUCAUUGCAGGGUUUGGCACUGUGGCUGCUGGUAUGGUCUUGGAUAUUGUACAGCAUUGGUCGGUGUUUCACAAGGUCCCAGAGCUGUUUAUACUGGUGCCACCAUUACUGGGGUUGAAGGGAAACCUAGGAAUGACAUUGGCUUCCAGACUCUCAACACAGGUUAAUCUUGGUUACUUAGAUGAAGUAAAAGAACAGUGGAAGUCUAUAGGUGGUAAUACAGUGUUAACUCAGGUAAGGAGAUGUAAUAUACAUGGUUUAUUCAAAGUAGGAGCCGAGAGUAACAACUGA